AUGGAGGGUGAUGCGAUGGACCCACAGUUUUUGAAGUCUCUUGAAGGCGAAGCAGAGGCCAAAGUGGCGGACUUCCUCCUGUCCAGCUUUCACAGCGAAGGCCAUAGCCACUUGCUUCGCCUCCUUCAGCAAGGCGUGCACUUCGGAGGCGCCUUCCGCAGUGUCAGCUUUUGCCAUCGCCAAUCCUUGGGCAUCGCAGCGGGAGCAGCAGGAGCAGCGGUAGCGGCGGGCGAGGCGGGCUAUCCCAAGGAGGCCGCCAGAGAGGAGCCGCAAAACCGGGGCGACCUUGGCGACCUGCUCUUCAAGGAGGCAGCGGAACAGACACGGCACGGAGUCCUGAUCCUGCAGCUGACGAUCGGCUACUUGCGGUCGCCGGACAGCGCUCGGGACUUUGGAUUCCUGCGCAGGCCCGAGCUCGUGCACGUCCUGGUCUUGAGUGACCAGGGGCCGGAGAUUGUCAGUUGGCGAGAGCUGAUGAAGAGCCCGGGGCUCUUCCGGCGAGCUUUCGGACAGUUGCAGGACGAGGGAGCGCUGGAGGAGGUGGCCGAGAUACUUGAGACUCGGGCCGCAGAGCUCCAGGAGCGGAAUGAGUCCGAGCAUCCCUGGUGCAUGCUGCCGGUGUACGAGGUCAUCUGCGCGCUGCUCCAUCAGUCCAGCAGAUACAGCACCCGAGACAUCGCAGCUGCUGAGAACCUCUCGAAAGUAUUCCGUCUUACCGGCCAGGAAGAGAGGAUCAAAGAACUGGACCAGAGGCUGCUCGAAGCCUGGAAAUGUCUUUGCUUGGCGGAGGACUCGGAGUACGAAGAAGUGCAUUUUACGGUGGAAGCGAUGCCUCAGCCGAAGCUUCAGGCUGAGCCGACCUCCGACAGAGCGGAUGCGCAGCAAAGAGAGGACACCGUCCAUUUCUACAACCUCGCAGGAUCGUUCGCGGAGAUGAGCAAGGCGAAACUCCGUGAAGCCUUUACUUGCCUCGAGGGCGUGCGGAUGCAUUUUCACGAGCAGCGCGGCGUGCCCUUCUUUUCUGUGAAGGUGUUCCGGAUGGGCUCCGAGGAGGAGAUUCCGAGAGCAGAAAGCUAUACCCAAAUGGGGGAGCCCGAGGAGCUCUUCAUCGUCUUCGGAACUCUCUCCCAGGAGCCUUCUUCAAAGCUCUUCGAGGUAACCGAGGCUGAGCGAGAAGAUGAGCUGCUGGUGGAAAAGGAGCUUGAGUCCGUCGACGCCAACGUGCGCGACAAGCGAGGGGAGACGGCGGCUUGCAAAGCGAGCCGAAACGGACACUUGAGAGUGCUCCGGAGACUGCAGCUGGCGAGAGCAGACUUCACAAUGGCAGACAACCACGGGGCCAGCCCGCUGUUCCUGGCCUGUCAGGAAGGAAAGGCGUCCUGUGCCAGGUUUCUCCUUGACCGCUGUGGCCACGAAAAACUUUGCGUCAGCCCUGACGAUGCAGAGGAGCAGGUUUGGGUGGACUUCGUGGAUCGGCCGCUCAACAGCGAGGCAACGCCGCUGUAUGUGGCGUCGCAGAAUGGACACCACGGCAACGUCCAAAUCCUCAUUGAGCACCGAUGCGACGUCAAUAAGGCUACGAGAGACAAGGCCACGCCACUCUUCAUUGCCUCGCAGAUGGGCUUUGAUGCGAUCGUGGACGAACUGAUCCAGGCAAAGGCCGAAGUGGAUACGCCCAACAACACCGGAGCCACUCCGCUCUUCAUCGCAUCCCAGAACGAGAGACUGGAGAUUGCGAAGAAACUGAUUGACCUAAGAGCCAACGUGAACAGCGAAACCACGGGGGGAGCGACUCCGAUGUACAUCGCGGCGCAGAAGGACAAUAAAGAUGUGGCAGAGCUGCUGUUCGAAAGGGGCGCUGAGGUCAACACGCAGGCGCAGGACGGCGCCACUCCAAUGCUCAUUGCGGCACAAAAUGGAAACCUCUCGACAGUGAAGUUCUUGCUGUCCCUGGAUGUAGCGAAGAAGGAUCUGUGCAUGCACAGCGGGGCCAGCCCGGUUUUCGUGUCGGCGCAGAAUAACCAUCUGGAGGUAGUCAAGGCCCUUGUGCAACAUGGAAGCAAUGUGACACUCUGCCUCAGGAGUGGCGUGAGCGCCGUUUACAUUGCCGCACAGAAUGGUAACCUGGAGGUGGUGAAGUACCUGCUGCAGGAGGCCUGUGCCGAGCAUGGCACUCUUCUGGAGGACGCGACGCCUUUGGGAGACUUGGAGAAGCGCAUGCGCAAUCUUCUGGACAAGCCCGCUGUCGGGGAAGCCAGGCCACUCUUCAUCGCCUGUCAGAAUGGCCACCGCGAUGUUGUGCAGUUUUUGUUGGAGAUGAAGGCAGAGUACAGCUGCACAGAGGACCGCUCCAGUCCGCUGCUAGUGGCCGCACAGAACGGCCACCUGGGAGUGGUGGAGGUCCUUUGGGAGACGCUAAAGGAGGAGGUGGGCCUGAACUUGGCGAAGCGGGGUGGAGCCACUCCGCUCUACAUUGCCUGCCAGAACGGACAUUUCGAAGUGGUCGAGAAGUUGGUGGAUCUAAAGGCGGAGGUGAACCAGAGUUUAGAGAGCCAAGAGACGCCCAUCUUCAUUGCCUGCCAGGGGGGCUUCUUGCCCGUGGUCCGUCUGUUAGUCGAGCAUCAGGCAGACGUAGACCAGGCCAAGCAGGACGGCGCCUCCCCGCUUUACAUCGCCUGCCAGAACGGCCACGUGGAGGUCGUCCGAUACUUGCUUUGCGAGUCGCCCCGCAAGCCGGACAGAGACCAAGCCAACAGCAACCAGGCCACGCCUCUCUUCAUCGCCUCUCAGAAAGGCCACACCGCCAUCGUGGAGCUCCUCCUGAGCGGCCCCGGUCCGGCGGACGUAAACAAGCCGCUGAAGAGCGGCGCGACGCCCUUUUACAUCGCAUCAUUGAAAGGCCAUGCCGAUGUCAUUCACCGCCUCCGCUCCAGCGGCGCCUGCAUCAACUCAACUCCCAAGCACGGAGCGACCGCGGUUUCUGCGGCUGUCCAGAACGACCACACGGAGGUUCUGGACAUCCUCAUAAAAAUGCGGGCCGAUGUCUGCAAAGCGAACGGCGAGGAAAUGACUCCUUUGCACUUUGCCGCCCGAGAGGGCAAGCUGGAGAUGGCAAAGCUUCUCAUUAAGGCCGGCGCCGAUGCUGCGGCCAAGUGCAAAGGCAGAGUCCCAAGAGCUCUUGCUGAAGAGGCCGCUGCCAAGACCGUUCCUGAGUGCUUCGAAACCAGAACCAUCGUCCCGAAAGAGACGUGGGAUACACUCCUGCAGGUCCUGGGCGCAGAUUGA